GGUUUGACAGGAGUCUUUGCCGUGCUCCUUCCCCACAGACUGUGCGGGAGGAGGAGCGGGAGAUUUACCGGCAGCUGCUGCAGAUGGUGACCGGGAAGAGAUUCUCCAGCUGCAAACCCUCCCCGCUGCUCCCCUUCCACCUCUCCCGCUGUCCCCGUUCCGGCCCCUCCCUGCUCCAGGAGGCUCCCAGGGACGAUCCCGAGGCGCUGGAAAUUCCCAAAAUCCCGGGUCCUGUUCCACAUCCCCCGGAGCCGCCCCAGAGCUCCCCCCUGGGCCCCUCUCCGGGGUUCCCUGGGGGGUUCCAGCCCCGAAAUUCCGCGGCCCCGCAGCAGAGGGAGGAGGAGCCGGCGGCCGGGGCGCAGAGUGAAGGGUCAGAUUCCGUCAUUUUGCUGAAGGUCAAGGAUUCCAGGACUCCGGCUCCAAGCCUUCCCUUUUUCCAGGCCGAGCUAUGGAUCAAGGAGCUGUGAGUUAAUAUUACCCUGC